UCUUCUCUUUUAUUAUCUUUCUUUUUUCAUUUUAUUUUUAAGUACUUCUCCAGAUUUUGAUUCUUUUUGUGCAAAAGUAUAAUAAUUCCCCUAUAUUUAUCUGACUCUUCUUUUGUUAAAUUCUGUCAGAGAAAAAAACUCAGAAAACAAAAUUUUUAGUACUUUAGUUUGCAUAACUACUGUAUUAAAAUAAAUUUUAAUUCUUUUUAAUGGAAAAAUUUCAUCUUCUUCAUCUUUCUGUUCUGUUGCUGUUCUUGCCUGUACUUAAUGGAGAAUUAAUUACAGAAACAAAGGUAAAAGAUGGAUUAGAAGAAUGGGGUUAUGCUCAAGUUAGACCCAAAGCACACAUGUUUUGGUGGCUAUACAGAAGUCCUCACAGAGUUGAUAAUCCUUCUAAACCAUGGCCUACCAUUCUUUGGCUUCAAGGAGGACCUGGUGGAUCAGGAGUUAAAAUAGGGAAUUUUGAAGAAAUUGGACCAUUGGAUAGUGAUUUAAAGCCAAGAAAUUCAACAUGGCUUCAUGUAGCUGAUCUUUUAUUUGUGGAUAAUCCAGUUGGAACAGGAUACAGUUUUGUAGAAGAUAUAAAUGUAUUGGUGAAAACAGAUGUAGAAGCAGCAACAGAUUUGAGUGUAUUGUUGGAGAAGAUAUUUAAUGGAAAUAAAAGUCCAUUGUACAUUGUAGCAGAGUCUUAUGGUGGAAAAUUUGCAGUCACUCUUGCCUUAUCAAUUGUUAAAGCUAUUGAAGCAGGAAAAUUGAAGCUUAAUUUUGGAGGAGUGGCAUUGGGUGAUAGUUGGAUCUCCCCUGAAGAAUUUGUGGCUUCAUGGGGCCCUCUUCUAAAAGAUUUAUCAAGGCUUGAUACUAAUGGUUUAAAGAUUGCAAACAGAAUAACAGAGAAGAUUAAGCAGCAAAUUAAAACCGGUCUUUUUGUCAAUGCAACAACUUCAUGGAGUGACCUUGAAGAUGCAAUUUCCUUUAGAAGCAACAAUGUGGAUUUCUAUAAUUUUCUUUUGGAUUCAGGAGAAUCUUCAUCAUCAUCAUCAUCUUUGACAGAUUCAAAAACAACAACAUCAGGAAAUUUAAAGGGAAUUACUGCAUUAAAAAGAUACUCUACAUAUCUAAAUUCUUUGAGCUCUAUUCCUGGUUCUGAUAGUAAUGCUGAAAAGGAUAAUUUAAUGGAUGUCAUACUUAGAAAGAAGCUCAAGAUUAUCCCCGACAAUUUCUUAUUUGGAGAGCAGUCAGAUAAAGUUUUUGAUGCAAUGCUUGGCGAUUUUAUGAAACCAAGGAUUACUGAGGUUGAUGAACUUCUUGCUAAAGGGGUGAAUGUAACUGUAUAUAACGGACAGCUUGAUCUUAUAUGUUCAACAAAGGGAACAGAAGCAUGGGUUCAAAAACUCAAGUGGAAAGGGCUACCGAAUUUCCUGAGCCAGGACAGAACUCCCUUGUAUUGUGGUGAAAGUAAAAGUACAAAAGGGUUCACCAAGUCAUAUCAGAAUCUGCAUUUCUAUUGGAUUCUUAAGGCUGGCCAUUUUGUACCAGUAGAUCAGCCAUGCAUUUCAUUAGAGAUGGUGGCUACAAUAAUACAAUCGCCAGCAGUAUUCAAAAGCUAGAUUUAGGAAAACAGUUAAUAAAGGCAGAGGAAGAGAAGUUUGAAAUUUUGUAUUACUAUGAUGUUACACUUCUUUUCUUUUGAAAAUUGUCUUAGCCAAUUCACAAUAUGUAAAUUUCUUGUCUACAACACACUUUUUAUAUGUUCUUCUCAUUAAAAAAUUAUUUUUAGAUAAAA